AUGGCUACCACCACCCGUUCAAAGACGGCAACUCCCAUGUCAAGGGACUCGAAGAGCCGCCUGUCUCGCUCUGUGAGCGAAGUGACGCCCCGAUCUGGAUCUAAAGCCUCGUCUUCCGCUGCCUCUCCGACGUCUCCGAGUUCGCGCCCGCCCAAGCGUCCUCUCCCGCGCACAAAGGUUCAGGCUCUCGAAUCCUUUGUCAAAUUUGGUCUCAAGGGGAAGGAGAAAGAGAAGCCGCCCGAGUUUCCGCCCAAAGAGUGGUUCGACAAGCCGGGCGCCUCACGCGCUGCUAGCUCCAAUAGCGUCCCCACCGUCAUCCGCGCCUCCAGCCCUGGCCCUGCCGAUUCGAACAUAGACAAUGUACUGGAAGAAACGUGGUCACAGUCUGGCUCUGCCGAUAUUGCUCGAAGAAUGACCACUGCAAACACCAUCUCGCCUGCGGAAACCGCUGCAGCGCAAGUGCAACAUGUCACCGCCGAGCGCCGCAGCGUGUCCGCGCCUGAGACACCUGCGGCUGAGGACCCUCCGACGCCCCCAGAGCCCAUGACUCUCGCAAAGCGCAUACAGGCAAUGUUAUCGCGCGCACCACCAGCCCCGUCCACUCCAUCCGACGCUACCGCCAGUACCGAGGAUGUCCCCGUCGCACCUCCCGCUCCAUCACUUCCUGCCGCAGACCGAAGUCUUAUCGACAUGCUCACGAACGCGAAUAUCAUGAACGGGAAGACAGCAGGCCAGGGUGUGUUCGCGAUGCUCGAUCGCCUGCGCCUGCGACCGUCUGCGCCCUCUGACACAACCGAUACAACCGCGGACUCCGGAGACGCAAACAACAAGACGAAGGAGCCGUCGCACAAGGAUGAGGACAACGACGAGGACGAUGAUAGCACGGGCGUCAUGCUGUAUGGUCCCCUUGAGCCAGAUGAGUUGUCCGAGGUUGAGCUUGCACGGUCAGACGUCAUGUCUACGUAUGAUGAUGGAGAGACGAUCGAGUACGAGCGCCCCGCUCAGCGCUUAUCUAUGGCGAAGUCGCCUGGGCCCUCGCCUCUUGCGUUGCCGCAAGAAACCGUACCCUCAACCGAUAAGACUGGGAAGGGGAAGGGGAAGGAGGAGAGCGAGUCUACGCCACCCACAGCGCAGGAGAGCGUUGCCGAAGUCGGCGACAAGGAGGCGAAUGGGAAGAAUAAGGAUGGAAAGUCGUGGUUUGGAACUCUUCGCGAGCGCAUUGUCGAAGGCAGCAAGACUGUUUCGGAUAAUGUGGUACAGGGAACGGACUACGUCUCUGCUGCAUCCCGCGACGCCAUCACGAAGAUGACUGCACCACGCCCGCCGACCGACCGCGAGCCAGUACGCACACGCGUGCGCUGGUUGCCCUCUCCCGAUAAGGUCUCUUUCCAAGCGACUUGGUGGGGCUACAGACUAUAUCUCCCGCCGCCGGUUCUCGACGUGCUGAACAACAAGCGCUUGGAGGCUGCUAAGCGCGCAGCGAUCGUCACCACUGCAUUGCAGUGGAUGCUCGGACACGUCCCAGUCACGCUCGUCCCGCCACAGUUUCGCCCAGGGCUCAUCCUUGCUCAAAGGCUCGUUCCGUACCUUGGCUACGUUGGCGCCUUCGUUGCUUGGAGCUGGGGCGCAAUGAAGUCCUUCGACAAGGGUUAUGGCAUCGUACUCACCGCUACCUGGCUACUACCCGUUGCCCUCAUUCCUGGGACCUGGGAAUUGAACGAGAUCCCACCUCGUUCACCACCUGCGCGGGAUGACGUCACCAUCACUAGUUCCGCAGGUGCAUCGUCAACCGCGGUCAACUCACGCCCGUCCGCCUCUACACUCCAGUCGCGCGGAUCCACGACCUCAGGCACUACGCUAGUGCCCUCUGCCAGUGGCAACGUCGCUGGCAUGUAG